AUGGCAUGUUGGAUUGCAACAUUAUAUGGUGGACCAAAACGAUCAAAUCAAGCAGCAGUAGCAAUCGAACACAAGAUUUAUUGUUUUGGUGGUUGUCGUUGUAUUCAUGAAGAAUCCAGCGAUCAGAUUAUCGAAACCUUCGGUGUACACGUUUUGAAUACCAUUGAUUAUCGUUGGAAACUUGUGGAAACUACGGCAUUCCAACCAAAUCUUUCCGAACAAUUACUUGAUGGAUCAGGAAAACCGUAUCAAGCAUACGGUGAAAUACCACCUCUACGAGUUGGCCAUACGGUGGUAGUACAUCAGGGAAUGGUUUACAUGUGGGGCGGUUGUUGUCCUGACACAAAUAUGAUGUGCUCAAAAAUGUAUCGCUUUGAUCCUGAACAACGAAUUUGGUCUGUAAUUCCCAGUGCUAGCGAUACACCAUCUCCACGUGCAAGGCAUACUGCUGUUGUAUAUAAUGAUAUGAUGCUUGUUUAUGGUGGCAUAGAAAGUGAUCGAACGAAUGGUCGAACAAUGUAA